CGGCCAGGGGAGGCGGGGGUGACCCGCAGCAGCUGACCCGGCCCGGGCACUGCCUCUCCCACAGCCCUCAGGACACACCAUGGGCACAGAGGCAGGUUUGCGGCACAAUAGCGACGACGCAGGCGGCGGGCCCGGCGACUCUCAACUGCCUCCCUGACCACAGCGACCACCGCCCAACGGCCCCGAGAAGCCAUCGCGCACUACCCGCGGACGACCGGCGGAACCGCUCAGCUCCCUUGGCCACCUAGUACAGCUACGUCAACAAGUAUGGCGGACGAGGGGCGGCGGCCGGAGCUAGCCGGGGAAGGCUGGGGGAGGUACGUCAGGGCCCGGGCUCCCAUCCGGGAGGCCCGGCUGCGCUUCGCCCCUCAAGAUGGCGGCGGCAGUGACGCGUCUGCGUACGGAACUCCUACGUCGCGCCAGGGCCGCCGGGAAGUGAGGUUCUCAGAAGAGCCUCCGGAAGUGUACGGCGACUUCGAGCCCCGGGGGAGCGCAGAAAGGUCCCCGGUGGGAAGACGAACCCCGCCAGAAAAGUUCCGGCCGGAUUCUGCGAAAGAGGAAGUGAGGGAAAGAGUGUACAACCUACGGUCUCGGCCACCCCGGCAGCCGCGGGCCCUGGAAACGGAGGAGAUGAAGACGCGAAGGGCGGCUGCCAUUCUCCAGCAGCAGCAGCAGCAGCAGCACUCACAGCAGCCUCCUCCGCCCCAGUCGUCUCCGGUUACGACCCGGAGAAGGUUACGCGAGUCGCUGUCGUCGGAAGAAGAUGAACCAUUUUCCCAAAAUGUUAUAAGCCAAACAAAGAAAACUGUCAGGAAAAUGCAUGAGUCUCCAGCAGUGACAAGUGAAGAUCCUGUAAUUAGCCUAUGUAGACCCCCUCUAAGAAGCCCAAGAUCUGAUUCAACAUACAAAACAAAUGGAAAUACUAAAACGACUGAAUUAGAAGAUGCCAGUGCCCAACAGAAGGUCAUUUUCUCUGAAGAAGGAGAAACUGAAGAUGAUGACCAAGACAGCUCUAACAGUGAUGCCACUACUUCAAAGGUCAGAUCCAGGGAUUCGAUUGAGUCUAGAGUUCAAACCAGGUCAUCAGAUCAAUAUGCAGAAUCAUUUUGGAGGUUAUCACAAAGUCAAGACUUUACAACUCUUGAUAAACAACCUUCAGUGUUGAGCUCAGGAUAUCCAAAAAAUACCCAGGAAUGGAGGGAACAAACCACGAGAAUGAGGAGUAGGAUCCCAAAUGAUAGCAGGCAGAAAUCGGAGCCCAGAAAUCAAUCUUUACCAGCCUCUACCCAACAAGUGGUUGAACAACCCCAAAAUGAAUCUUUUGUCAAGAAAUGGCGGUGGUGGCUACUUUGUGCAGUAGUUGUUCUUGCCUUUUGGAUGUUUCCAUUCAUUCAUACUCCUGAGGUAAAAACCACUGCUGCUCAAGAAUUCCAAAACCAGAUGAACCAACUUAUGACUAAGUAUCAAGGUCAAGAUGAGAAGCUGUGGAAAAGAAGUGUAACGUUCCUGCAAAAACAUCUUAACAGCUCCCAUCCUCGGCCUCAGCCUGCGAUCUUGCUUCUCACAGCUGCCCAAGAUGCGGAAGAAGCACUUAAGUGUCUGAGUGAACAAAUUGCUGAUGCCUAUUCUUCCUUCCGUAGUGUCCGCGCCAUUCGAAUUGAUGGAACAGGCAAAGCUACUCAGGACAGUGAUGUUGUCAAACUAGAAGUAGAUCGGGAACUGACCAAUGGAUUUAGAAAUGGCCAGAAUGCAGCUGUGGUACACCGCUUUGAGUCGUUGCCUGCAGGCUCUGCUCUGAUCUUCUACAAAUAUUGUGACCACGAAAAUGCAGCCUUCAAAGAUGUAGCCUUAGUCCUAACUGUCUUGUUAGAAGACAAAACACUUGGAACCAGCCUAGGCCUAAAAGAAAUUGAAGAAAAAGUGAGAGAUUUCCUCAAAGUCAAGUUCAUCGAUUCUAGCACACCCAGCUCCUACAAUCAUAUGGACCUGGACAAAUUGAAUGGGCUCUGGAGCCGUAUUUCUCACUUAGUUCUGCCUGUGCAACCUGAAAAUGCUCUGAAAAGAGGUAUCUGCUUAUAAGGGAGAAAAGGAGAGAAAAAUCAUGUCUCAGGUUCUGAGAAUUUUUUACACUUUCUAACUACAGACAGAAUUCGCAGCAUUUUUUUUUUUGAGAACUAGUUUCUUUGUACAGAAACUAAAUCAUUUAUUCAACCUAAUUGUCUGUAAUGAGAGAAUUAUUUCUCUGUUUCUAUUAAGAGCUAUGUUAAGGGUACUUAGGAGAGUGUAAAUUAUAUACAAUCCCAUAGAGGAUCUAUUUUGAUUCUGGGCUGAAUCAUUCUUGGUUUGAUGUAACCAGUGAAAAAGAUUAAGCUCCUUUCUUCUGAAUCAUCCCUAUUUUUUAGAUUUUUUUAUUAGUAAGGCAGCUUCCUCAUUGUAACCAUAGGUUUUCUUCUAUACCAUUUAAGUAUUGUAUUAGCAGCUCUGCUAUAGGAACAAAAGUAAUGAAAGGUUAUCUUGAAUGUGUGUUUAGUUUUUUUUUCCUUUGUUUUUGGAGGGUGGAGAGGAGGAAAAAAGAGAAAUUGUAGAAUUGGAAAGGAAAAAGGAAAAAUAUAUUUUCCAAGAUAAAAUGUUACAAUAAGCAACUGAGUGGUAAGUUAGUCAAAAUAUCUAUCUGAACUGUUACUGUGGUAAAUUCUGUAAGGAUCUUUUUGUUUUCCUUUAAGAAAGUCUUCAUCAUCCCAGGGGGGUUUAAAACCUAUCUAUGGUAAGAUUUAAUGUAUUUCCUGAUUUGUCUCUUAAAACAGGUAAAUUCAGUUUACUUUGUAUAUAACCUAAAGUUACUAUUUUAAAGAAAUACAUUCUCAUAUUGAUAAGCCAUUUUUUAGCUAUCCUGAGCUAAUUUUCUACUUGCUCACUUGUUACAGUCUGAUUUGAUUGUGGUUUUGGUUUUGACACUCCAUAACAAAUAUAAAGACUAACUAUGCACAUGAUAAAUUUCAUUAAGAGUGCCUCAAGCCAAAAAGAGAGCAAACUUUACCACAUACAUAGAGUGUUAGUUGUAUUUUUGUACUCCUAUAGUAUUUUAGUUGUGACUUUGCAUCUAUAGUGAACCUUCUGCCUGCUACUUGCUUUGAUUUGCUUUAUUCUAUGUAGCACAAUGGUCAAGCACUUGAAUAGCAUGCAUGAGCUCAAUCCAUAACGGAUUCACUCUGUUUUUGUUUUUGUUUUUUUAAAUUGUGUCUAUAGGCAUUUAAAUGAAAAUACUGUUUUAGAGUAUUAGAGCCAGUCAUUGGCUUCACAAGUUACCCUCUGAGGGUCUUAGAACUAGUGGUAGAAAUUUCCUACCACUAAAGUUACCAAUAUUCAUAAAUGUAUGCCCUUUAUUGUUUUGUUCCUACCAGAACUCAGAUCAUCUGAUUUAUAAAGGAUUGUAAAACAGUUGUUUUGAAGAAGCUUAUUUUGUACAUGCAUAUUAUAUGGAAAAUGAAAUGUUCUAUUAAGUGUUUCACUGACCUAAAUAAUUUUAAAGUAAUAUCUUAUAUCUUUCAAAAAAUAAUUGUAGCAAUUGAUGUGUAAAGACUUUAAAAGCUAUUUUAGUAAUUUAAAUAAAUUUACCUUUUGAUUUGUA